UUAUUGGUAAGACAUUAAGAACUCUUGAGCACUAAAAACAUGUUAAAAAUAUUCAUAUAUGAGAAUGAAAUGAACAAAUGAAUUACAAAAGAUUAUAUACACUUCUGCUUAUACAUUUGCCAAACAAAACAAAAACUCAAAUUACAUAAAAAACCUUAUGCAUAUGUAUGUUUGUAAACAUGUUCAAGAAAAUCGAACAACACGGUCAUGUCUAUACAACAAAACACACGAGACGGCCGAUAUGAUCGCCGGAACGAGAAGUAAAAGACGGUGUCCUUGUCCCAUGAAGACUUCUGAAUCAUCUGACCUUUCUUCGAAAAUGGUCUCUAGUGUUGGAAUCAUUGAACAUCCCCGGCGAAAAAUCAUGGCCGCGGGCGCUAUCUCAGCUCCUGAUAAAGAUAUCCUUCUUCCGAAUUCUGAUCUGACCAUGAUAGCUCGAUACUUUCAAGAUUUUCUUGUUCUUGAAAAUGUUUGAAGAGAAAAGUCGUGAAUAAAAAAGUGUUUUGG